AGGAGCCCGAGACGGAGGACAAGGAGGACAAGGAGGACAAAGGACCGGAGUGAGCGGGGAGCCGCAGAGAGAGAGAGAGAGAGAGAGAGAGAGAAGGAGGGAAGGAUGUCGGAGAGGAUCGCUUCGUGCGGGAGCCUGUGCGACAGCACCAACCUGCUGCUACAGUACUGCAACAACGAUGACACGGUGUCGGCCAGCAGUAACAUGGACAUGGACGACCGGGUUUCCCACCUGGAGCAGAGAAUCCAGCUGCAGGAAGAUGAGAUCCAGCUGCUGAAAGCGGCCCUGGCCGACGCCCUGCGCCGGCUGGGCUACUGCGAGGAGCAGAGCCUGGGGAUGCAUCCAGGAGGCGUCCAUGCUGCUGGGAGGAGACCUCUGGCCGCCACAGCCUCAGCACCGCCUACCAAGGUGCGUCAACUCCUGCAGGCUCUUCCCUCCAGACCUCUUAGUAAUGGCUACGUUCAACAGAAACGCCUGCUGUCCUCCCCUUCUUCUCCCAAGAAAGAAGUGCUGCAGUCCAUUAAGAGAAAGAGUCAGUCCACAGAGCGUCUCACCCUGGUGAGGAGAGAGAUGGGAGCAGAGAGUCGGAGUCGAACCACCUCAUCCAGCAGCUCCACCGGUGGCAAGAGCAAAUCCAAAGAAUGUACCCUCAAUGCAGAGGACGGCUACGUGAGGAUGUUCCUUCGCGGUCGUCCUGUCACCAUGCACAUCCCUGACCAGCAGAGGGAGAGCUACAGCCUGGACCACAAGGGGGCGCUCCCUGACCGCAAGCUCAAGCUGCAGUGGGUGUACGGCUACCGAGGUCGCGACUGCCGCUCCAACCUCUACCUUCUGCCCACAGGAGAGAUCGUCUACUUCAACGCCUCUGUGGUGGUGCUGUACAACACCGAGGAGCAGCAGCAGAGACACUACCUGGGCCACAACGAUGAUGUCAAAUGCCUGAGUGUACAUCCAGAUAUGGUUACCAUAGCAACGGGGCAAAUGGCUGGCAACUCUAAAGAUGGAAAGCUGCUGGCUCCUCACGUUCGUGUCUGGGAUUCUGUGAGUCUCAACACGCUCCACGUGAUCGGGAUGGGGGUGUUUGACAGGGCAGUCACAUGUGUGACCUUCUCCAAGUCGAAUGGCGGCGCCUUCCUCUGUGCUGUAGACGAUGCCAACGAUCAUAUUCUGUCAGUCUGGAACUGGCAGAAGGAGAAACAACUGGCAGAUGUCAAGUGCUCCAAUGACUCUGUACUGGGGGCCAUGUUCCAUCCCAUGGACGCCAACCUGAUUGUCACCUGCGGAAAGUCUCACAUUAACUUCUGGACCAUGGAGGGAAACACUCUGACCAAGCGACAGGGCCUGUUCGAAAAACAUGAGAAACCAAAGUAUGUGUUGUGUGUGGCGUUUGCUCAGAAUGGAGAUGCCAUUACAGGAGACUCCAGCGGAAACAUCUAUGUCUGGGCCAAAGGCGGUAACCGCAUCAGCCAGGUGGUGUCGGGCGCCCACGAGGGCGGGAUAUUCUCUGUAUGUGUCCUGAAGGAUGGCACCAUGGUGUCUGGUGGGGGAAAGGACCGCAAGGUGGUGCUGUGGGACCACGACUACAGGAAACAGGCUGAGAUGGAGGUGGGCGAGCCGUUCGGUCCUGUUCGGGCUUUGGCUGAAGGAAAACCAGGAGAGCUUUUUGUUGGAACCACCAAGAACGCCAUCAUCAGAGCUGCCUUCCCUGAUACAUUAACUCCUGUUGUACAGGGUCACACUGAUGAGCUGUGGGGUCUGGAUGUUCAUCCCUCCAUGGAGCAGUUUGUCACCUGCUCCCAGGACAAACAGGUUCACCUCUGGGACACCAACUCCCAUCAGCCCCUGUGGAGCAAGACUAUUGACGAUCCGGGGAGGUCUGCAAGUUUCCAUCCCAGCGGGGCUGUUUUGGCAGUCGGGACCAUGACUGGAAGGUGGCUGGUGCUGGACACCGACACAAGGGAUCUCGUUUCUAUGCACACAGACGGCAAUGAGAUAAUAUCCAACGUCGGGUACUCUCCAGAUGGUAACUUCCUGGCUGUCGCUUCCCAUGACAACUUUGUUUACAUCUACGCGGUGACGGAGAAUGGCCGAAAGUACAGCCGCGUGGGGAAAUGCACUGGCCACUCCAGCUUCGUCACCCAUCUGGACUGGUCGACAGACAGCCAGUACCUCGUCACCAACUCAGGGGACUAUGAGAUCCUCUUCUGGGAGGCAUCCAGUGGUAAACAUGUGACCAGCAUGGACACGGUGCGUAACCUGGAGUGGGCCACUUACACCUGCACUCUGGCCUUCAAUUCCUUUGGAGUUUGGCCGGAUGGAGCAGACGGCACAGACAUCAACGCUGUGUGCAGGUCACACGAUGGAUCCCUGCUGGCCUCUGCCGAUGACUUCGGCAAAGUGCACUUGUUCUCCUUCCCCUGCUCCCAACCAAGGGCUCCAAGCCACGAGUACGGUGGCCACAGCAGUCACGUGACCAACGUUGCCUUCCUGCACGACGACAGUCACCUGAUCUCCACUGGCGGGAAAGAUACCAGCGUCCUGCAGUGGGUGCGCCUAGUCAAGGCAAUCAGUCCGCAAUCUCUAAUCCCCACAAGCGGGGGAGCAGCAUUCUGUGUGACCCCCUGUCUCGUCUUCUCUGUUUUAUCCUCCUGCCACUAGGGGGCAGCAACGCCUCUGUGCCUACCGGAAGUUCAAAAAAACAAAAACGCAAACAAAUAGAUCGACCAACACCUCACACCAGAUGAGAUGAUGAGUAUUCAUUGUAAUAAAUGGAAUAGUAUUUAGUUUCCAUCUUUUUGUAAUAGAAUGUAGAGAAAGCCACUUGCUUCCACACAGGAAGGGAAUUCUCUCCCCCCCCCCCCCCCAAAAAAAUAUUAAUAUAUAGAUAAAUUGAAAAAAAAUAAAACAACAAGUGCAACAGGAAUGGAACUGGCAGCCUGCUGCUAAUGACACAUAGUAAACCUGUGACUUUAGCAUUAGUACUAACUGUGCCUAAACUGUAUUUAUCUUAACCACCUUUAACAGGAAUUCCACCUAUUUUAGGGACGGGUGUGUUUGCAUGUUUUAGCUCCUCAAUUGCUAGAACUCCUAAAAUAGGCGGUAUUCCCCUUUACAAUAGUCAUUAUGAUCCCAUUGCCUUUCUCAUACUACACUUUUCCAUCCCUCAGCCUGACUUCCAAACUCUUAAGGUGCAUAAUGUGAGUAUUACAGAUUGCUUUUGGAGACUGUAAAUGGUACAAAGUGGCGGUUUGGUCCUGAGCCCUUCUCCUAGUCAGCUGCUGUGUUUCUGAUUGUACUACUACUGUAACUGUGCUGAGACGGCACUAGAGGGCGCUACAAUAUAAGAGAAUGAGCAUGACUGAGGCUACCCUCCUGUAGAUGCUGUUAACAUUGCAAAGGUCUCUAGAGUAAAUCUAUAUAUAUUAUGCAGUAUAUCCAAGUGGCUGUGUUAUUUUAAUAUUUAUCUGUAUCGAUGAUGGAUGUUAUUAAUAUUCGUGUGGCACUUUUAGCGAUUGACAGAAGGGUAAUGUAGGGUACUGUGCUAGAGAAGUGAGCUUGAGCUGUGCUUGCCUUCUGCUUUGUUAAUAAAGUUUUUACCCAAG